UGCCUCGCCCGUCUCAUCCUUUGGGUUGCAGGCUUGAAUCAUGCUAUUUACUUUCCUAGCCCACCCUUUGGAUCAACGGGAAAUCCCACCGACGGCGACAAAAGUGAUUCAGAUAGGCGGACAGAAAACGAGGCUUGGAAUUUUGAUUGCCCGUUGUGCUUCCGCUUGCAGAAAUCCAAUAAUAGUGUUUUAGGAUUUUUUUUCUCUUUCAUUUCUUGCUCAUAAGAGUGGAUGGACGACGAAGAAACUCUCAAUUAUUGCUUGCUUCGCGAAUUGUAUCAUCGCGAGUGCAAAGUGUUUUGUAAUUAGGGUUUCUGCAAUUCAGUGCAAUCGUUCCGUGCGAUCAUUUGUUUCUUUUGACAUCCGUGGCAAAUUCUCCCUCUGAGAAAUCAUUGUAAUUUCUUCGCCAAAUGAUUUCUUGCUGCAAAUUUUGAAUUUCCAUGCCUUGUACUUGGUAAAUUAGGAUUUUGAUCGAGGAUUAAUAUCUUUACGUGACCUCCCGGUUCUUUUAAGCUGGGAACUUGGGGGGUUGAUAAUCGGGGUCCCACCGCCCCCGCCGGAGGAGAUGCCCGUGUUGGUGGUGGGAUGGAUUGCCGCAUCUGUGCUGCGGCUGGGGAUCUUUGGGUUAAACUGGCGGGUGCUGGUGUCGGACAAAUCGGUGGUUUCAGUCAUGAAAGUGAGCACGAUUUAGCUCUAAUGGUCAGCGAUUUUUUGGAGAAUGGAAGCAGUGGAACUGAUUCGAGGUACAGCAGCGAUAGCGACUCUGGCUUCUCCGAUCUCGCUCAUCUUGCUGAGAAGAUUUCGUUCCACAAGCACAUAGUGGAUCAGUUUGAAAGUGACUUCUUGUCAAAAGUUCAAUCCCUUCUACUUUCCAUCAACGAGAUUGACCUUUGCUGUGUCAAGUCAGGCCAGUGCAAUGCUAGCUGCAUCAGGUUUUGUCUGGUAAAGCUUCUUAGAUUUUCGGGUUAUGACGCUGCUGUCUGUGCAUCCAAGUGGCAAGGUUGUGGGAAGGUCCCCGGAGGUGAUCAUGAGUAUAUUGAUGUCGUCAUAUAUCGUGAUCGAGGGCUCUCUGAACGCUUAAUAAUUGAUGUCGAUUUUCGUAGCCACUUUGAAAUUGCAAGAGCCGUUGAAUCUUAUGAUGCGAUAUUGAAUUCUCUUCCAGUAGUUUAUGUGGGCUCUCUGUCCAGGCUGAAACAAUUCCUACAAGUUAUGGUAGAAGCUGCAAGGUCUUCCCUCAACCAAAACUCGAUGCCUUUUCCACCAUGGAGGUCAUUUGCUUAUUUGCAAGCCAAGUGGCAUUCGACCUACCAGAGAAUGCUCAAACCGGAUGGGCAGAGCAUCCAAGACACUAGUUCUUCUGAUCAUAAGCAGUGCAUGGGGCAUUUGAGAAGGCUAAAAUCUUCUCUCCAGAUGGAAAUUGAAGCAGAACGAUUGUUGAAGCCCAUGAACAAUGAUAAUAUCCGGAGGCUGAAGCUGGACAGGUUGCGGCCUUCCGCUUUCAGGACCAUAUGAAGAUGUAUAAAUUUUGGCAAGAGAAAACGAAAAAAGAAAUGCGGUUUUGUUAGAUAAUGAGAUUACACGCCUGAAGAUCUUCAGGGAAAAAAAGAGGACAUCAAAUAAGUCUGGAACCAGAUAGAAUGCUGGUCUAUAGCCAACACCAAUAACGGAAACGUCAGUAGGUAGGUGGGGACGUUUAAUGUCAUACUUGGGGCGUUACAAAUUUUCUCUUUUAUUUGUUCAUUUUUGUGCAACAGCAUAUAACAGGGAAACUGGCUGUGGGAGGUCACUACUUCGGAAAUCAUUAGGACCAGUCAAUUCUGGUGCAUUAGUCUAUAGGCAAUUGUGUUUGUUCUUUGGUCUUUUAUUUUUUAAUUUUUGUAGGCUGAAUCCCUCGCCUCUUAUUUUACUGGCACAGGGAAUUUUGAUUUUGCAUUUAUUUGGUUUUUUUCCCCCAAUAAAUUUCAAUAGAAUUUCUUUUUUUUAA